AUGCGUCUCUCAGCCAUUUUCCUCUCCAUCGUCUCCAUCGCCGCUGCCGCUGAGCUCGGUAUCGAAACAACCCACGAGGUCGAAUGUACCCGCAAGACACAGAACGGCGACGGUGUCUCCAUGCACUACCGUGGCACAUUGCAGGCUGAUGGCAAGGAGUUCGACUCAAGCUACAAGCGCAAUGCGCCAUUGACCUUUAAGUUGGGUACUGGUCGGGUUAUUAAGGGUUGGGACCAAGGUCUUCUUGAUAUGUGCAUCGGCGAGAAGCGUACCCUCACUAUUCCUCCUGAGUUCGGAUACGGUGACCGUGGCGUUGGUCCUAUCCCUGGUGGCUCGACUCUGAUCUUCGAGACCGAGUUGGUUGGCAUUGACGGUGUUGAUAAGGAUGAGCUGUAA